AUGACUGAGGUGUCGUCAACCCGCCUUUAUCUUGGGAACCUUCCCCGCAACGUAACCAAAGGUGACAUCGAAGAACAUUUCAGCAGCCAUGGCUCUGGUAAGAUCACGGAGAUCAAGCUGAUGAACGGCUUCGGCUUCAUCGAGUAUGACGAUCAACUUGAUGCCAGAGAUAUCGUGCCUGGUAAAACCACCCACCGUCCCGUGUGUGUGCGCGCUGACUUGCUAAUUCGAUCUUUUCGUGCAGCGUUCCAUGGCAGCGAUUUUAAAGGCGAACGACUCACCGUUCAGUUUGCGCGUGGCCCUCGCCGCAAGGAGGCCUUCCAAGGACCACCUGACCGCAAUGCUGUCCCUCGUCCACGUCGUACCGUGUUCCGGAUGCAAAUUUCCGGUCUUCCAGAAACAAGUUGGCAGGACCUGAAAGAUUUCGCCCGCCAGUCUGGACUGGACGUCGUUUACUCCGAGACUGGCCGUGAGCAAGGCAGAGGGUUUGUGGAGUUUGAAACCGCCAACGACCUAAAGACUGCCGUGGAGAAACUGGACCAGCGAGAGUUCAAGGGCUCAACUGUCUCUUGCGUUGCCGAUAUCCAAAGCUUUGAGGAACGCCCUGUGCGCGACCCAUACCGGUCUCGCUCCCCACCUCGUCGCCCUUAUCCAGCCCCCAUGGAUGAAUACGACCGCCGGGUCCCUCCUCCUCCUCGUGGCUACAGUCCCCGGGACCACUACCGCGAGCGGUCUCCAAUCCCCAUCCGCCGGGAUCCCUACUAUGAACGGGAUGGCUAUGCCCGCCGGACCCCUCCUCGUCCCCGGAUGGAAGACUACCCUCCACCACGUCGCCCCUACGAAGAACACCCGUAUGAUGCUCGGCCUCCCCCUCCCCCCCGUCACUAUGAUGAUCCUUACCUAGCUGCGCGUGCCUAUGGUCGUCCUCGCUCUCCACCCAGAAGUGACUAUGUCCCUUACGACCGCCCACGCUACUGGUAG